AUGGACCCAUUCAAUGAAGUUAAAGACGACGCAUAUGCAGUUGUGCACAGAUUAGAAGCACUAAUAUCACAACGGAUAUCAGGACAUCCACCAACCACUGAACAAACACAAGAUUUCGGCAACAAUUACGAAGAGUUGCAAGAGAUGCGGGAUGACCUACAAAGUGCCCUAGAGCAAAGUGCUAAAAAUCCAUCCCAGUUCAAUCUAACCAGUACCGAUAUUUCUGAACGACAAUCCAUCUUGCAAGACCUCAACCAGCGGAUAUCGCAGUUGCUGCAAUCAUGGCACAACAGCAGCAGCAGCAGCAGCAGCAGCAACAACAAGAAGCAGUUGCGUGAUGUGACUUCCAUGUCGAAUCGAAUAAGUCAGGAUGACGACGGGAAUCCAUUCAAUAUCGAUACAGAUACGGGUGGGGGUAAUAACAUGACAACAUACCAGCAACAAGAGUUGAUACAAGAACAAGAUGUGCAGUUGGAUGAUAUACAUAAAACAAUGAUGAAUCUAAACCAACAAGCUACAAUGAUGGGGGAUGAGUUAGAGGAUCAGGGGUUUAUGUUGGAUGAGUUGGACUAUGAGAUGGACAACGUGGGGAAUAAAUUGGAUAGAGGGAUGAAGCGAUUGAAUGUGUUUAUCGAGAGGAAUAGAGAAACGGCUAGUAAUUGGUGCAUUGGUGUUUUGGUAGUUGUGUUAUGUGUAUUGUUAGUCUUGUUGAUUGUUGCAUGA